CGGUUGGGUGGGGGCGGCGGGCCGGCCGGGCGGUCGUGGCGGCGGUUGCCGCGGGAGGGGGAGGGCGCGGAAGGACGCGGAGCGAGGCGCUGUCCAGGGCUGAUUUGCAGAUACUGUGGCUCCGGCGGUGGCGGCCGCGUCGGGCGGGGACUGGCGGCUGAACGGGAUCGGGUUACACCGUCGCGGUCCGGGGGCUGGGCCGGGGGCGUUGGUGGGGAGCGGCGCGGCGCCGGGACCCCCUCCCCAGUUGAGGCCGGGCCGCCGCCUCCGCGCGGGCCCGGGCGUCCCUGGGAGUCUUGUCCUGAGGCCAGGAGCGGAGCUGCUUGGGGCCCUAGUUCUGAAACUUCCUCUCGUGCUCCUGCUCCAGGUCCCGCCGCAGCUCCUUGCUUGCCGGCGGUCCUCCCGCCCCCUCCCUCUGCGGCCUCUCCCUUUCGCCGGAAGGCGCCGUUGAGUGCGGCCGGGAGGGUUGAGUCAGCCUGGGGCUCGGGUGGUUCUGCCAAUGGGGCUGGACAGCGAUUUCUGCGAUCGGGCCGCCCCGCCGCCGGGGCCCUCUGCGUGGGGCCACCUAGCCGCCGCCGUCGGCGGGGCCGGGGCGCGCGUCCCGCGGGGCGCCGUGGGGGAGUGAACCCGCAAACUUCCGGGGCGCGGGGGGCCCCCUCCGGCGCUCGGGGCCCGGCGCCUCGGGAGGGCGCUCGCGGCGGCUCCUCGGCCCCCUGCGGAGGGCGAGGCUGGGGCCGGCGAGCAGCCGGGACGGCGGCGACGCGGUAACUUUCCUCCCUCUUCCCGGACUCGGGCGCGCGGGCCAGGAGGGGGCAGCCUGAACUGGGGAAGACUUGACCUGGCCCAGCGGCACCCCGAGUUUGCCCGUCUUGCAGUCUUUAGUGUUGGGGAGCCCAGGGAAAGGUUCAGGACGAGUGUGGCGGCAACUGGUGUGUCAGUGGUGCAGUGAGCGGGCCGAGCCGAGAGGAAGCGAGAGCUCCCGAGUUUGCAAAGAGCUGCUUUGUGUUUGGUUCAUUGUGUAGAACAUGGUGUGCAAAACCUGUAUUGACGUGGAUAGCCUAUCCUUACAUUGAACACCGUUAUGGCCACCCAGGUAAUGGGGCAGUCUUCCGGAGGAGGAGGUCUGUUCACCGGCAGUGGCACCAUGGGCAUGGCCUUGCCUAACGACAUGUAUGACUUGCCUGAUCUCUCCAGAGCUGAACUGGCUGCGCCUCAGCUCAUCAUGUUGGCAAAUGUGGCCUUAACUGGGGAAGUAAACGGCGGCUGCUGUGAUUACCUGGUUGGCGAAGAAAGACAGAUGGCAGAAUUGAUGCCUGUUGGGGAGAACAACUUUUCAGAUAGUGACGGAGAAGGACUUGAGGAGUCUCCUGAGGUAAAAGGCGAGCCCAGUGGGCUGGAAAACAUGGAACUGGAGAGUUUGGAACUCAGUGUUGUGCAACCGCGGCCUGUGUUUGAGGUGUCAGCUGCCUCAGAACCGUACAGCGCAAAUAAAGAUCUUCCUCGGGAAACACCUGUAGCAGAGGACAAAUGCAAGAACUUGAAGACCAAGCCCUUUCGCUGUAAACCAUGCCAGUAUGAAGCAGAAUCUGAAGAACAGUUUGUGCAUCACAUCCGAGUUCAUAGUGCCAAGAAAUUUUUUGUGGAGGAAAGUGCAGAGAAGCAAGCCAAAGCCAGGGAAUGUGGCUCUUCCACCGGGGAAGAGGGAGAUUUCUCCAAGGGCCCCAUUCGCUGUGACCGCUGCGGCUACAAUACCAAUCGCUAUGAUCACUAUACUGCUCACCUGAAACACCACACCCGAGCCGGGGACAAUGAGCGAGUCUACAAGUGCAUCAUUUGCACGUACACCACAGUAAGCGAAUAUCACUGGAGGAAACACUUGAGAAACCAUUUUCCAAGGAAAGUAUACACAUGUGGAAAAUGCAACUAUUUUUCAGACAGAAAAAACAAUUAUGUUCAGCAUGUUCGAACUCAUACAGGUAAGAGGACCUUUCUUGUUUAUAAGUGUAUGCUACCCCCCAAAUAAAACACUUUAAAAAUG